AUGAGGCUGCCAAACGUGUACCGAGUCUCUACAGCGGCGUCUAAAUUUUCCCGAGGGCUUCGGCUUACACCAGCAGGCCAGAAGAUAGCUUGCUAUGCGAGAGGGGGCGUCGGUUUACGUCUCCGAACCGGCUUGCUCAGGCAGCAGCUUGGUAGACAGCAUCAUCAAACGCAUCAUCUAGCAUCGUCGUCUGUUGAGCAUCAAGCCAAGCUAGAGAACCAUGGGACACUUCCAGCAUAUCAACCACCCAAUUCUGGGAUUCUUUCACUUAUUCCAGCGUCAUGGGUUCCAUAUGCAGAACUCAUUCGAAUUGACAAACCAACAGGCACCUAUUACUUGUUCUUUCCAUGCCUUUUUUCAACACUGAUGGCAGCACCGAUGGUCUCACCGAUGCCUUCAGUUGGCUCAGUCGUUGGCACCUCAAUACUGUUCUUCUCUGGUGCUCUGAUAAUGCGCGGAGCAGGAUGUACUAUCAAUGACCUGUGGGAUCGAAAUCUCGAUCCUCACGUUUCCCGAACUCGACUUCGACCAAUUGCUCGGCGCGCCAUUUCCCCCUUCAACGGCUUAGUGUUUACCGGGGCUCAACUUCUAGCUGGUCUAGGCAUCUUGAUGCAAUUUCCAGCGCCCUGUCUUUUCUAUGGCAUACCAAGUCUUUUGUUCGUUGCGAGUUACCCCCUGGCUAAACGAGUAACCUACUAUCCACAAUUUGUCCUCGGUUUGACUUUCUCAUGGGGCGCGAUAAUGGGCUUUCCAGCUUUGGGCGUAGACCUGUUGUCAAACGGGUCAGCUUUAACUGCCGCCGCCUGCCUCUACAGCUCCAACAUCGCCUGGACCGUCUUGUAUGACAUGAUCUAUGCGCAUAUGGACAUCAAAGAUGACGCUAAGGCUGGCAUUAAAAGUAUUGCAUUGAAGCACGAUUCACAGACCAAGCAAAUCCUUACAGGGCUAGCUACGACGCAAAUCGCUCUUCUUGCCGCCGCUGGCGUUGCCGCUGGCGCUGGACCGGCCUUUUUCAUCGGAAGCUGCGGCGGAGCUGCAGUCACUCUGGCACUUAUGAUCAGGAAAGUCAACCUUAAAAGUGUUAAGGACUGUUGGUGGUGGUUCGUGAAUGGAUGCUGGAUCACGGGUGGCACUAUUAGCUUGGGCCUAGCAGCAGAUUAUCUCAUCCAACUUUCAGAGAAGUCUACUGGUGAUAAAAAGGAUCCGGAACGAUGUCAAUACUAG